AAUGGUAAGUAAAUGAGUUUGAACGGUCGUGUCAACGGACCUACCUAACGGUGGGGUUUUCGGAUGCAUACUGAUCAUCACUGCCACCGCUCUCCGUCGAGAAGGAAGCCUGCAUUGUUCUGAUGGCGGAUCAUUUACACGAAGUGCCUCUUCCGCCGUCCGUCGAGCAGUUUCUUCUCCAAAUCUGUGUGCAACAGAAUCAGCCACCGCCUGAUGCCAAAGCGCGACGGGCGUUAGCUUCUUUAGGAGAAGAAAUGGCUCUUGAUUCUCUCCGCAAAAUCUCCUCCUGCUCUAUUAGGAACCUUAGCGGUUUCAUCAUGCAUAUGGUUCGUAAUGAUCCUUGCAUUUCACCUCAGAACAAGAUGGUUGCCGUUUUUUCUCCGCAUUCGAGUCCAUCUUCCACCGGCUGUGUUUCUCAGCUUCACAGUCCUUCGACUUGCUCCGCUUCUCUGUAUCAGAGUCUUUCAUCUUGUCGCGUUUAUAGCCCACAAGGAACUGCUGAGAAAACAAAGUUUGAGCCGUCAACACCAGACAAAUCUGCAAUCUAUUCAUCGUCGGUUUCAGAUAGGGUACAGAUUCCACAAUUUGUGGCUUUGGGUGAGCUUGAGUUUAGAAGGGCGUUUUUGAUAUUGAGUUAUAUUGGAGGAGAAAGCUUAGAAAGAGUCACAACAGCAGACCAAAUUCAAAGUCUGAGCCAGUUGGCGAUGGAGAAAUUUGAGUCUGAAGUUUGGAAAGCAUUUGGUGAAAAAUACGUUAAUAAGGAAGACAGACGAGUGUAUGUUGAUUGGGAUCGUAGGAAAACACACAUCUACCACUGUUAUGUUGCAUUGGAUGGGAGUUAUAGUUUCAAGGGUCCAUUUUUGAACCAUACAAAAACUCAUCUGCAAAGGGUUUUAGGCGAUGACAAUGUUCUGAUGGUCAAGUUUGCUGAAGACGUCUCUGAUAGAUGUUCAAUAAGCCAUCCUGGUGGAUCAUUUUAUGCUUAUAAAAAGAUUGCUAGAGAUGGCAUUCUUCUUGGAUUGCGUCGAUAUCAGUUUUUUGUUUUCAAAGAUGGUGGCAAGGAGGAAAAAAAGAAGAAUCCAACCACAUCAGCAGUGAAGUGCUAUUUUGUCAGAAUGGAGUCAGCGGCAUACUUUGAUAAGCUUCAACCUUAUAAAUUAUCUAAUAGAACAAUUUUUGAAGCUAGGAGUCUUUUCAUGCAUCCACACACGGUGUCUAGUGUCGCAAGCUACAUGGCUAGGUUUUCACUCAUUCUGUCGAAGACGAUAAAACUCAAAAUUGAUUUAUCUUCAGUAAAUGUUCAAAGAAUCACGGAUAUACCUUGCAAAGAUGUCAAUGGUAAUGUCAUGUAUAGAGAUGGAAAGCCACUUAUACAUACAGACGGGACGGGAUUUAUAUCGGAGGACUUAGCUUUGGAGUGCCCUAUGAAUGUAUUUAAAGGGCAGGCAAAGCAUGAUGCUGAUCUUAAGAGAAUUCCUGCCUUUGAAGUAUUUCAGAAUAAGACUUCGCAAGUAAUACUGCCUGGGCUUGAACUUCGAGAACCACCUUUGUUGAUUCAGUUCCGACUUUUUUACAACGGUCUUGCUGUUAAAGGAACAUUUCUAGUGAAUAAACAGCUUCCUUCUAGAACAAUUCAAAUUCGCAAUUCUAUGAUCAAAGUUGAAAAAGAUCCAAAUCUUGAAAAUGCUGAAACAGAGAACUCACUGGAGGUGGUAGGAACCAGUAAUCCACCAAAGAGGGCAUAUAUUUCAAGAAACUUAAUAGCACUCUUAAAUUAUGGAGGUGUCCCAAGAGAGUAUUUCAUGAAUAUCCUUGUGGAUGCUUUGAGAGAUGUUCAGGGUCUUUUUUCUAGUAAGCGUGCAGCUUUAAGAGUUUCCAUUAACAACGGUGAUAUGGAUGACUUUCUAGUUGCAAGAAUGAUUUUAUCUGGAAUUCCUCUUGAUGAAUCAUAUUUGCAAUAUCGGUUGUCUAUGCUUCUGAGGGAGGAGAAAAAGAGCUUGAGAAGCGGAAGGCUUCACGUGCCUGAUUGUUACUAUUUAAUGGGGACAGCCGACCCCACCUGUACUCUUGAGAGCAAUGAAGUCUGCGUUAUCCUUGAGAAUGGUCAAAUCAAUGGGAAGGUUCUUGUCUAUCGCAAUCCUGGAUUACAUUUUGGUGAUAUCCAUGUUUUAACGGCUAAAUAUGUGGAGGACUUGGUACCUGUGGUGGGAAAUGCAAAAUAUGGUAUAUUCUUCUCUUGUAAGGGUCCCCGUUCAGUAGCUGAUGAAAUAGCUGGUGGUGAUUUUGAUGGUGAUAUGUACUGGGUUUCCAGAAAUUCUCAGUUGUUAGAGUAUUUCAGACCAGGUAAACCUUGGAGGCCAAGUCCUUCAAUGGAAGUAAUAACUAAUAUAAAGUCAAAUGAAUUUUCUGCGGAGGAUCUAGAGGAGGAGCUAUUUAAAUUAUUCUUGACAGCUCGGUUUCAGCCAAGUUAUGCAAAGAGUGUUGCAGCUGAUAACUGGGUAGCAUUGAUGGAUCAACUACUUAUGCUGGGUGAAGACUGUAAAGAAGAAAGAAAUCGUUUAAGGGCAAAGAUUCUCCAGUUGAUCAAUAUAUAUUAUGAUGCUUUAGAUGCACCUAAAAAAGGCGGGAAAGAGAUUGAAGUUCCAAAACACCUGAAGGCAGGAACGUUCCCUCAUUUCAUGGAAAGGGGAAAAAAAUCAUAUACCUCAACAUCAAUUCUAGGACAAAUUUUUGAUACUGUUAACAUGUUUCAAGAAGAAUCGCCAAACAUUGAGGUUCAAAAACUUCCUUGCUUUGAAGAUGAAGUGGCUGAUGAUACCCUGAUGAAGUGGAAGUUUCAGUAUGAGAUGUAUAGAAAAGAGAUGAGGGACGCCUUGCAGCUCGAUCCUGAUGCCAAAAACGUAGCUGCUGAAGCCACCAUUAAAAAGUACAAAGAGCUUCAGAUAUUGUACGGUGCGGAAGAGCUGGAGGGCAGCCCGAGGUGGAUGGAGGAGGUAUACAAGGAAGCUCUUGCAAUAUAUCACGUUACAUAUGAGUAUGCGAUGAGCCAUGGGUGUGUGCGCUAUUGCAGCUUUGCAUGGAGAGUUGCAGGUUCGGCUCUCUUCAACCUCUGUGCCAGAAAACAUUCUGAAAACAGCUUUCUUUGCCUCCCUUCAGUUAUGCGUCAGAUUUUUUGUUCAUCUUAGUUAAUAAUAUUAUGACCAUAAUUAAUUAUACAUUCACCGAGAUGUAAAAUAACGUAAAUAUUAGGGAUCAUAUUAAAAUAU